UCGUCUCCGCCGUCUCCGCCCCGCCCCCGGCUGCCUCGGAAACGCGGUGCGGACCGCGCCAGCGGGAGGGGCGGCCUCGCGCGUGUUUCCGCUCAGAGGGCGGAAGUGCGCCCCCAGAACUCGGCCUCGGACCAGCCAGCAACAUGGUGGCAUCCGCGCUGGAGGCGUCUCACGUAUUUUGCUGCCCCAACCGGGUGCGGGGAGCCCUGAGCUGGAACUCGGGGCCCGGAGGACUUCUGGCCUUCGGCACCUCCUGCUCCGUGGUGCUCUACGACCCGCGGAAAAGGGUUGUCAUUACCAACCUGAAUGGUCACACUGCUCGAGUCAAUUGCGUACAGUGGAUCUGUAAACAGGAUGGCUCUCCUUCUACUGAAUUAGUUUCUGGAGGAUCUGAUAAUCAAGUGAUUCACUGGGAAAUAGAGAAUAAUCAGCUUUUAAAAGCGGUUCCUCUCUACGGCCAUGAAGGACCUGUUUAUGCAGUGCAUGCUGUCUACCAGAGAAGGGCAUCGGAUGCUACAUUGCAGACACUGAUGGUUUCUGCAGCUUCAGAUUCCACUGUUAGAGUCUGGUCUAAAGAGGGUUCAGCUGUAACCUGCCUUCAGACCUUGAGCUUUGGAAACGGAUUCACUCUGGCUCUCUGCUUAUCUUUUUUGCCUAAUACUGAUGUACCAAUACUAGCAUGUGGCGAUGAUGACUGCAAAAUCCACUUAUUUGUUCAACAGAAUGAUCAGUUUCAGAAAGUGCUUUUUCUCUCUGGACAUGAGGAUUGGAUAAGAGGCGUGGAGUGGGCAGUCUUUGGUAAAGAUCUUUUCCUAGCAAGCUGUUCACAAGAUUGUCUGAUACGAAUAUGGAAGAUGUAUAUAAAAUCAACAUCAUUAGAAAAUCAGGAUGAUGAUAAUAUAAGACUGAAGGAAAAUACUUUCACUGUAGAAAAUGAAAGUAUUAAAAUGGCAUUUGCGGUUACUCUGGAGACCGUGCUGGCUGGUCAUGAAAGCUGGGUGAAUGCAGUUCAUUGGCAGCCUUCAUUUUACAAAGAUGGUGUUCUACAGCAGCCAAUGAGAUUAUUGUCUGCCUCAAUGGAUAAAACCAUGAUUCUCUGGGCUCCAGAUGAAGAGUCGGGAGUUUGGCUAGAACAGGUUCGAGUAGGGGAAGUCGGUGGAAAUACUCUGGGAUUCUAUGAUUGCCAGUUCAAUGAAGAUGGCUCUCUGAUCAUCGCUCAUGCUUUCCAUGGAGCAUUGCACCUGUGGAAACAGAAUGCAGCUAACCCAGUAAGAAAAGCACUUGAAACUCAGAGAGAGUGGACUCCAGAGAUUGUCAUUUCAGGACACUUUGAUGGUGUCCAAGAUCUAAUGUGGGAUCCAGAAGGAGAAUUUAUCAUCACUGUUGGUACUGACCAGACAACUCGACUUUUUGCUCCAUGGAAUAGAAAAGAUCAAUCACAGGUGACUUGGCAUGAAAUUGCACGGCCUCAGAUACAUGGAUAUGACCUGAAAUGUUUGGCAAUGAUUAAUCGGUUUCAGUUUGUAUCUGGAGCAGAUGAAAAAGUUCUUCGAGUAUUUUCUGCACCUCGGAAUUUUGUGAAAAACUUUUGUGCCAUUACAGGCCAAUCACUGAAUCGUGUACUUUGUAAUCAAGAUGGUGAUCUUCCAGAAGGAGCUACUGUCCCCGCUUUGGGAUUAUCAAAUAAAGCUGUCUUUCAAGGAGAUAUAGCUCCCCAGCCCUCUGAUGAAGAAGAGCUGUUAACUAGGGCAGGUUUUGAGACUCAUCAGAUGGCCUUUCAACCCUCCGUACUUUCUGAACCUCCCACUGAGGAUCAACUUUUGCAGAAUACAUUGUGGCCUGAAGUUCAAAAACUAUAUGGACAUGGUUACGAGUUGUUUUGUGUUGCUUGUAAUAAUUCAAAGACUCUGCUUGCCUCAGCUUGUAAGGCAGCUAAGAAAGAGCAUGCAGCCAUCAUUCUUUGGAACACCUCAUCUUGGAAACAGGUGCAGAAUCUGAUUUUCCACAGCCUGACUGUCACACAGAUGGCCUUCUCACCUAAUGACAAGUUCUUACUAGCUGUUUCCAGAGAUCGGACCUGGUCACUAUGGCGAAGGCAGGACACAUUCUCACCUGACUUAGACCCAAUUUUCAGUCUCUUUGCCUUCACCAACAAAGUCACUGCUGUGCACAGUAGAAUUAUUUGGUCUUGUGAUUGGAGUCCUGACAGCAAGUUUUUCUUCACUGGAAGCCGAGACAAAAAGGUGGUUGUCUGGGGUGAGUGCGACUCCAGCGAUGAUGCCAUCGAGCACAGCAUCGGCCCCUGCUCCUCCGUCCUGGACGUGGGUGGGUCUGUGACAGCCGUCAGCGUCUGCCCGGUGCUUAACCUGUCCCAACGAUACGUGGUUGCAGUAGGGUUAGAGUGUGGAAGGAUUUGUUUAUACACCUGGAAAAAGACUAACCAAGUUCCAGAAGUAAAUGACUGGGCCCCCUGUGUGGAAACAAGCCAGAGCCAAAGCCAUACACUUGCUAUCAAAAAAUUAUGCUGGAAGAAUUGUAAUGGAAAAACUGAGGAGAAUGAAGCAGAAGGCCCUGAGUGGUUACAUUUUGCAAGUUGUGGUGAAGAUCAUACUGUGAAGAUAUACAAAGUAAACAGAGGUGCACUGUAAUGGACUUAAUAACUACAAGCAUAUAAUCAUUAGUGUCUUAACAUUUUUAAAUCAUGUAAAUGGAUAAUCUGUCUUCAUAAUUUCAUUGAGUUUCAUUUGUAAGUCCUAUAGGAGUAUAUUAAUUUGUAUCACAGACCUUUUGAAAUCUGAUGAAAGCUUCAGACUCUAUUCAAAAUUGUUUUAUAUACAGACACCCUCAGGACCUUGCCCAUUCCUUCCGGGAUUCAGACCUGCAUCCAUGUUUCAGAUAAGAACUCUGUUCUUUCUUCAUGACUGAACUUGCCUUUCUCUUUUUAUAUGCCCCUAUUUGGGACAUAUCAUUAAUUAUCUUCUUCAGAGGGAGGACAUAGAAAAUAAAAAAGAGAUUAAAGCUAGA